UCUCUCUCUCUCUCUCUCUCACUACAGCAACCAUCAUCCAGCAGGACGUUAGAUGGGAAAUGUACAAGUUAAUUUGAUUUUAAACUGAGCCGGCCAAGUUUUAAGGUAUCGGUACUCAUUUGCCUAAUUCAUAUCUAAUAUCUCAGCUCAUUUCUUAGCCAGGCCACGCCACACUAACCUCAUUUUCUCUUCAGGAAAGAGAGAUAUCUGGAAAUUAAUGAACUUCCUACCUAGGGCAAACUCACAGGCUGGAACCAGUAAUGAUGCUGCACCAGCAUCAGGAAGUGAGUACCAAGUGUUCUUGAGUUUUAGAGGGCCUGACACUCGUCAUGGAUUCACAGACUUCCUCUAUAAUGACUUGUCAGAUGUCGGAGUCCGUGUAUUUAGGGAUGAUGAUGAACUUCGCAUUGGAGAACUAAUCAGUGACAACCUGCUAAGUGCUAUCAACAACUCCAUAAUUUACAUACCCAUCUUCUCUCAGACUUAUGCUUCCAGUAAAUGGUGUCUUUGGGAGCUUGCGCAUAUAGUGGACAACGUGUCUAAAUCAGAGGACGAAAAGUGUAUCUUUCCCAUUUUUCUCGAUGUGGGACCAGAUGAUGUUAAACUUAAAACGCAGAUAUAUAGCAAUGCUUUAUUGGAACAUGAGAGGAAGUUUCCCAAUGAAGUCGAGGCAUGGAGAGCGGCUCUUGCAGCAGUAGGUAAAAUCAAGGGAUUGAACGUGACAUCAAGCCAAGCAGCGAUUGUCAAAUUAGUUGUUGAAGAGGUUUUGAAGAAGCUGAAGAUAAAACAAAAAUCAGUGACUGAAUAUUUAGUUGGAUUUGAUGAUCGGAUUAAAGAGCUAACAAAGUUUUUAGAUGUCAAUCAUGAUGAUGUGCGGCUCAUUGGAAUUUAUGGAAUGGGUGGCAUCGGUAAAACAACUAUUGCCAAGGUCGUCUUUAAUAAAUUAUGUUCCCACUUUGGGAAGUGUUGUAGCUUCCUUGACGAUGUUCGUGAAAGGUCGAAUAAAGAGGGCAUAGUCUCGUUGCAGAAGCAAUUACUAGUUGACAUUGGUUGUUCUGGAACUGUAGGAGAUAUCAACAAUAGUGAAGAAGGAAUGAGGAGGAUUAGAGAAACAUUCAAAAAUAAGAAGGUCCUGGUGGUUUUGGAUGACGUUGAUAAGAAAGAGCUCAUUAAGAAUCUAAUAGGAAAUUCCAAAUUAUAUCGAGGAUCUAGGAUAAUUAUUACAACAAGAAACACUAAUGUUCUAGAAGUUGAGGGAUUUAAAGGUGAAACUCAGCAGUAUGAGAUGUUAAAGAUGGAUGCUGGUCCUGCACUCCAACUUUUUUGUCGGCAUGCUUUUAGUGGAGACUUUCCUUCGGAUGAUUAUCGUUGGCUUUCAAAACGUAUUGUCUCAACUACGGGAGGGCUUCCAUUAGCUAUUCAAGUGAUAGGUUCAUUGCUCAAGGGGAAACACCAAGAAAUUUGGGAAGAGACAUUGGAAAAGUUAAGGAAUGUUCCUGCGAAAGAGAUUCUAGAGAAGUUAAGGAUUAGCUAUGAUGAUCUAGAAGAACAUCAAAAACAAAUUUUUCUCGAUAUAGCGUGCUUCUUUGUGAACGAGAAUAAGACCAAUACAAUUUACAUGUGGACUGAUUGUCAAUUUUAUCCCAAGGGAGGAAUUCAAGUCCUUUCCGAUAGGUGCUUGAUAAAGAUAUUGGACGAUGAUAAGUUUUGGAUGCAUGAUCAACUUAUAGCACUGGGAAGACAAAUUGUUCGUGAAGACAGUCCAAAUGACCCUGAAAAGCAUAGUAGGUUGUGGAUUGCAAAAGAGGCCCUUCAAAUCAUAGGAACCAAAAGCCUUGACUUCAAGGAUGAUUCAAAAGCAUGGGACUUGAUCAAGGUAAAUUACAUGUUUUAA